CCCCCGUCUGUCCGCCGUCCGCUUCCCGCCUCUCCCCGUCCGUGCCGAGCUCAUGGAGGGAAUUCUGCAACCCCCUGGAGGCAUCGGGAACAGCCGCCGGUGCUCUCUCAAGCCCGCAAAAAGUUUCUUCUCCCCUGAGAAAACGCGGUGUAUAAAGUUGGGCCUCACGGGAAGAAGCCGCGGCUCCGACCGUCGCCCUCCCUCUCCCCGCGCCGGAGCGCAGAGCCUCCCGGCAGAACCGUGUGGUUUGUGUUUCCUCCCCUCCGCCCCCCUUCCACCUGAAGGAAUUUAUGACACAGAUGAAAACUGAAACGGAGCUGGAGCGGCGGCCGAGAGACGCAGUGAUGUCGCCGGGGGAUUAAACGGGGUGGAGGUGAUGUCACCGUGCCUGCACAGCAAAACGCACACAUACACGCACACCCCCCCACCCCCCGGAGGAGCGGGGCUGCCAAGGGAGCGCGAUCGGCCCCACGUCACUCGUGCCACUGGUAUAAAUGCGGUCCCGCGAUGUCCAUGGCUGUCGGCGCGGCGGCUCCCGCCACUUGACUGCAGCAGGGCUCCGGGAGGCAGCGCCGCUCCGCGCCCUUCGGCCGCCGGGACCCGCGGGGCGGCGGCGGGCGGCGGCGGACAAGGAGGAGAAGGAGGAGGAAGAGGAUGCUGCGCGCCUUGGUGGCGGUGUCCCUGUGGCUGCGGGUGAGCCCGCGGGCGCAGGGCGCGCCGUGUGAGGCGGUGCGCAUCCCCAUGUGCCGCUCCAUGCCCUGGAAUAUCACCCGCAUGCCCAACCACCUCCACCACAGCACCCAGGAAAACGCCGUCCUCGCUAUCGAACAGUACGAGGAGCUGGUGGCCACCGGCUGCAGCCCGGUCCUGCCCUUCUUCCUCUGCGCCAUGUACGCCCCCAUCUGCACCCUGGAGUUCCUCUACGACCCCAUCAAGCCGUGCCGCUCCGUGUGCCAGCGCGCCCGCGACGGCUGCGAGCCCAUUAUGCGCCGCUACAACCACAGCUGGCCCGAGAGCCUGGCUUGCGACGACCUCCCCGUCUACGACCGCGGCGUCUGCAUCUCCCCAGAGGCCAUCGUCACCGACGUGCCGGAGGAUGUGAAGUGGACGGACUUCACGCAGGGCUUUAUGGUGCCGGACAGACCCCUGGAGCCUGACUGCAGGAGCCGCGGCCAGGAGCGGUGCAGGUGCAAAAAGACAAAGCCUACGCUGUCAACCUACUUGGCCAAGAACUACAGCUACAUCAUUCACGCUAAAGUAAAAAGCGUAGAAAGAGGGAACUGCAAUGAGAUAACGACUGUGGUUGAAGUCAAAGACAUACUCAAGUCUUCAACGCCAAUUCCUCUGUCCCAAGUGCCUCUUCUUACAAAUUCCUCCUGCCAGUGCCCGCCUCUUCAACCAAAGCAGGAUGUUCUCAUCAUGUGCUAUGAGUGGCGCUCAAGGUUGAUGCUUCUUGAUGGAUGUCUAGUUGAAAAAUGGAAGGACCAACUAAACAGAAGAUUUAAGAGGUGGGAACAGAGACUCCAAGAGCAAAAGCGGCGAACUGCACGCAGUAAGAACCAGAAUUCAGGACGCAGUGGUCAGAGUGGAGCCCUGAAACCACAAACCAAGAACACCAACCCACUGAUCAGUGGCCCCAAAAAGGCCAUUAAAAUAAGAAAUGGCCAGAAAGAAAUCAACCCAAAAAAAGUAUGAGUGUGAAAUUCCCAAAAGGAAGGACUUUCCAUGCACGACAAGGGUCACAAUCUGGCUUGGUCAGCAUGUUUUAUUAAUCCGGAACUCAUUGACCUAAAAAAUCCUGUCAGUUUCUACAUAGACCUUUUUGCUGCACUUUACUGUUACAAGGUUUGCUUAUCCUUUCAAGUCACUGCAAGCCAUAGAGCAUAGGUUUGCACUUAUAUGAGGUAGGCAUACUCCAGCUGACUGAGCUUUAUCUUUGGGCUCUGAUUUCCCAUCUAGAUAGAGGUAGCCUUGGCUGCCAGAGGUUUUGACUCCUUGUACCAGUUGCCUGGUCUGCUUCCUUGCCAGAUGCUGGAGAGCUGCAUGGAGUUUCUCCUCAGCUGGUAUAGCAUUAGUCUGUGAGUUAGUCUCUGAAUUCGUUGAGAGCUCACUAGACUCAGCAGCUGAGCAGCAGCAGAAGGAUGGUAACCUCUGGCAGAUAUCUCAGGCAGCAAUGACUGCAGCUGCUGGAGCUGAACCUAUCUUCUGUUUGGAAUCACAGCCCUUGUUCAGAAUGUUCAAAAGCAUAGUUUACCAUUAAGCAUUUGGGUAUGCAUUAUGUGAUUAUUUUUAUGUUUGUGCCAAAAAUAUUCUUACAGUGAUAGUAUUUGAUCUUGUGGGUUUGUGUAGUAAAAAUGCAUUCAAAGCAGACAUUUAAUUUUUUUAUUGUACUUCAGGCUGGCUUCUGUUGUUCUAAUUUCAAAUAUAUUUAAACAUAUAAUUGAAAAAUCCGUAUUGUUUUGAAAGGACAGAUUAAAGUGAACAGAUCUGUAGACUUCUUAAAAGCAACACCUUUGCUGUAAUAUAGCUUAGCUAUGAAAACUGGAAUAGAAGCUUUAUUCUAAAGAUAACUGCCAGCUACUGUACAGUAUUAAGGAGAAGACAGGGCUUCAAAUGGCUCAGUAAUCUUUUGGAUAACUUUUUAUCAUUUGAUACCAUAUUUCUAACCUUCCUCUGAUUAGAUAAAUAAAUCAAUCAA